AUGGGCUUUACAGGCACUAAAAAUCAUAAACCGCCUGCUUUAUUCGAAAUUAGAGUCAAAUCUGCAGAACAUGAUGUUAUAGUCGUUAAGGGGGCCCCCCACGAAGCUAGUUCCGUUCUUCUCUCUGGAACCAUAGUCUUAUCUGUUUCAGAGCCGAUGCAAGUCAAGAAACUGGCAUUGAGAAUGUACGGUAUGAUGCGUCUCAAUCUGACCACAUCCUACCGUGGCCCGAAAGGUCCAGCGGAAAGAAGUUUCAAAUAUGACAAGAGAUUCUUCGAGCAUGUCUGGGACAACAUUAAUGUUCAAGAUUAUCUCCAGGAUCCUCAUAAUAAUUUUGAAUUUAAGCGGCCUCUAUCCUCGAAAACCAGCUCUUUUAGCAAUCUGCAUGGUCUGCACAGCAAGGCCAAGUCGACGACAUCCUUAAUGUCGCUAGGGUCUGGUCAGGGGGGCAGUGGGCACAUUUUGGCAAAGGGUAAUUACGAAUUUCCAUUUAGUGCUAUUCUACCAGGUACCCUUACGGAGAGUGUCGAGGGACUGCCAAAUGCCUCUGUCAUUUAUAAGGUUCAAGCAACAAUCGAGAGAGGUAAAUUCACAACAGAUCUGAUCGCCAAAAAACAUUUAAGAGUGGUCCGUACACUGACUACAGAUGCUGUUGAACUUAGCGAGACUAUGUCUGUGGACAAUACUUGGCCCAAAAAAGUGGACUAUUCCAUAUCGGUUCCUUCCAAGGCCAUUGCGAUCGGCUCCUCAACGGUCAUCCACUUAUUAUUGGUGCCUUUACUCAAGGGCUUAAGACUAGGGCCUAUCAAAGUCAGCUUGGUUGAAUACUCUUCGUAUUGCGCCCCGUAUGGGGCCGGUAAUAACCAAGAGCGCGUGGUUAGUAAACUCAAACUGUCCGACCCUCUGGGUCAUUUUAAUACUACUGAUGGCGAGUUCCAGUCUGUGGAAUAUCAAGACAAAUGGGAAGUGGCCGCGCCCUUCGAUAUUCCCGCAAGUUUGUCGAAAUGUACACAGGAUUGUAGUAUAUUGUCCAAUAUCAAGGUUCGCCACAAGCUUAAAUUUGUCAUUUCUCUCGUCAACCCAGAUGGUCAUGUUUCAGAGUUGCGAGCUUCGUUACCGAUUCAAUUAUUCAUCUCACCAUUUGUCGCCUUAGGCGUUAAAUGUACCGACUCCCUAGACAGUAGCGCUAACGUUUCUGCUAAUAGCACUGACGUUGAAGGAGAUGAUAAUGAUGAUGAUGACGACGACGACAUGAUUUUUGCUAAUACCGCUUCCCAAUUGGAUUUAGGAGCCCUAAGUCCGAAUCAGAAUCAACCAGGUAGUUCGAAUUUUGGCCCUGCCCUAUUGGCACCUCCCAAUUACGAGAGCCACAUAUAUGACAGACUUUGGAGUGGCAUUUCCAUUGAGAAUACUCCCACUCAUUCUGGGCAGCAGUCUCCAGUUGGCGGUAGGGAGGGAUCAUUUCUGAGUAGCCCACAAGAAAUCAGUGCACUCCAACAGGGCUUACAGAGGUUACAUGUUGAACAGGAAGGUUUUCAAAAUGACGAUAACGCAAAUGGUGGUACUGAUAACGAAUUACCAGUAACGCCAGAACUUAACGGGCAAUCAGAAGUAGCGUCGGAAAAUUCUGCACCACAUGAUUACUUUUCAGCUCCUAUACCUCGCCAUGUUCAGAGCAUGUUUGCGAUGAACAGAUUGCGGUCGCCUACACCUAUGCUAUCUCCUGGACUUGACCACAUAUCUAGGGCCAAUUCCUUUGGCCCUGCGUUAACCAGUGUCAAGUCCGACUGGAAGAUUAACACUCUGAGUAGAGUUCCUUCUUACGACAAUGCAAUGAAAGGGGAUUCGCUGCCCAUCGACUUACCACCUGCUUAUCCCAACGCGGAAGGCGAAGAUUCAACUCCAGAUAUAGAAAGACCUAAGUCGGUGCACCAAAAAUCGUCUGAGAUGCAUAGGACAAAUAGCGGGACACGUUUGUCACAUGCUGCACUGUCACGAAGCAACAACAGCUCGUCAAGCUCGUUGCCCAAAUUUUCACUUUCGAGAAACAAUACUGGCGGUUCAAAUGUGUCUAUCAACGGUGGCGCCAGUGGCGGCACCAGUGGCGGCGCUAAAGGCGGGACAGCAUCAAAACAGUUUGGAUUUAACAUGACACCUUUAGGCUCAAGAAGAGAUCUAAAGCAGGACCAGAGCCAUGCUCAAUUUUCACUCCACGACUCAGACUCAAUCGGCACAACCCCUUCUAUCAGUAGAAAUGGUUCCUUGGUGAACAUCAAAGGUCUCUUAAAUAGGAAGCCCAAAAAGUAG